UUUCCCUGAAGGGGCAUCAAGAGACAGCAGAAUGAGGGCAGGUUUAUCUUUGCUGGGUUUGCUGCCCUGCCUCUUGGUUUCAUGUGUUCUCUCCCUGCGAGCAAGUGAAGCAGGGGAGACCAAACUCCACCAUUUCCUGCCUGAUAAAAAGCAACCUCUGGACCCUGAUACCACCGCUGAUGAGGCCCAUGACCAAACCAACACCGGCCCUGACAUUUGGACGGAGGUGAGGAUGCUGAGAGACAUGGUGGUGGAGCAGAAGGUGGAGCUGAGGAACAUGGAAGCCAGGCUGAGGGAGACAGAGAUACAGGCAGAUGAUCAGAAGUUGGAUCUCCUCCUAACUAAAACCAGCCUGGAGGAGCUGAAGAGAGAUCACACUACCACGAAGGAGAGACUGAGAGCCAGUGAGAAGCAAGUGGAAGAACUAAAGAAAGUAAACAUGGAGCUGAGGGUUGAUCUUGAAAACCAGGCAGCUCAACUCUUGUCCAUAGAAGCCAGAGUGACAGUCGGUGACAGUGAGCUGCAGCUCCUAACACGCAGGAUGGAUGACUUGCAGGCUCAGAACACGGCUCAAGAAGUUGAGCUGGUCUCUCUAAUGGACAGGAUGAACACUACUGAGAGCAGAGUGGAUAGUCUCAUCAAAGAGAAUGCAAAGGUGGCAUUUUACGCUGCUUUGACAGACUCAGGAGGUGUAGGGCCUUACAGUACUCCAACAGUCCUAAAGUUCAGCAAGGUCUUCACCAAUUAUGGUGCCGCCUAUAGUCCAACCACUGGCUUCUUCACUGCGCCGCAGAAAGGAGUGUACUAUUUCAGAUUUACAAUAUGUGGUCAUACAGCAGAGGGCCACAUGGGAGUGCAACUAUUUCUUAACGGGAGAUUAAUGAUGUCGAAUUUGCAAAGCAGGUAUAAUGGCCAUUUUGAGUACCUGUCAAAUGCUGUUACUCUAGAGCUGAAUGUCGGUGAUGAGUUACAUUUGGUCCUCCCACAGGAGCAUGCAAUCUUUGAUAAUAACACCAAUCACAGCACAUUUAGUGGAUUUUUGCUUUUCAAAAUGUGAUGCCAAUCUAAUACAAUUUGGAACAACCCAGCAAAAUUAAAUAAAUGAAAAUAAAUUAAAUGAUUACUGUGUUUUGUAAAGUCUACUCAGUCAAUGUAAUAGUAUAUAGUAGUAGGCUAUAGUAAGAAUAUUUACCAUGCUCUUCAAUUAUCAGCAUGACUGUAUA